GCUGCAAUCAUGCUUCAAUCGCUGACUCCAUAUUGUUUGGUGUUUGUGUACGGUUCAUGUAUAUUCAAACCAGCAGUUUUCCUGGCACAUUUGCACUUUAAAAGUUCGGAAUCAACGUGGAAAGUGUUCAAUCGUUAUAUAGGUUGUGUAGAGUAAAGAAAAUAGUGUGGAAUUAGUUCAGUUCGGUUGUGUGUGACUUCUGAGAAACAUUAUAUGAACUAACUUCUACCCGGUGCCAUGUCUGUUCAUUACAGAUUUAAAUCUGCUCUGGAAUAUGAUACAAUAACUUUCGAUGGAUUGCACAUAUCGAUCAAAGACCUUAAAAAUGCAAUUAUACAACAAAAACGCAUUGGGAAAAACUCGGACUUCGAUUUGAGAAUUACCAAUGCCCAAACUAAUGACGUUUAUGAGGACGAAAAUGCAUUGAUCCCUAAAAACACUUCGCUACUCAUUGCGAGAAUACCCGUAACUACCCCCAAGCAAAAACAAUGGGAAGGAUAUGGCGGAAAUGAUACUCCUCCUGCCAAAUUGGAUGACGGUGGAGCUAUUGGGAAAACAGUGGAUUUAGCCAACUUGGACGCUCCAGAAGAUGACAAAAUUCGAGCUAUGAUGUCCCAGAGUACGCAAGAUUAUGAUCCAAGCAAUUAUGUGAAAAUUCGUGGAGCCAAUCAGGUGGGUCCCGUUCCUCAAAAUUACCGGUGUUUUAAAUGUCACCAGACUGGCCAUUGGAUCAAAGAUUGUACUUUAGGACAGGGAGUGGAGCCAGUUGAAAUUAAAAAAAGCACGGGAAUACCCCAAAGUUUUAUGGUGCCUGUAGAUGGUCCGCAGGUGCCCGGAGCUAUGAUGAUGGCCAAUGGACAAUAUGCAGUUCCAGCUUUGGACCUUCAGGCUUAUAAUCAGAAAUCAAGUGGCCCUGCACCGGUGCAAGAGAAGAAGCCCGACAUUCCUGAUGACUUGCUUUGUUCAAUUUGUUCGGAUUUGUUAGCGGAUGCUGUGAUGAUUCCAUGUUGUGGUAACUCUUUUUGUGACGAAUGUGUUCGAAGCGUUCUAUUGGACAGCGAAGACCAUGAAUGUCCUGAUUGCCACGAAAAAGACAUUUCGCCAGCUACUUUAAUCCCUAAUCGGUUUCUACGCAAGUCCGUUGCAAAUUUUAAAAACACCACCGGAUAUGAGAAAGCUCCAACUUACAGGGCUAAAACCCGCUUAGCCAGAGAGGACAGUUUUAAAAAAGACAUGAAUUCACCUGCUGAAAUCGACUCAACUGACAAAGAUGGUUUGAAAGAGACGCGGAAGACUAUUAUAUCUGAAGCCGAUUCAACAGAACAUAAUAAAGCUGAAGUUGAGGUUUCGAAGGACGCUGAACUUGAUCCUCCUAAAACCUCAGACAAUGAAGGGCCACCAGGAGUGUCGCCCAAGCAAUCUCCUGUUCACAAAAUCACUAGCAAAAUUUCUAAAGGAGAUCGAGGACGGGAUAGAGGACACCGAUCCAACAAAUCCCCUAAACAUCAUAGAAGUCGAUCUCCCUCACCACGAAAGAUGAGAACUCGUCGAACAUCACCUUAUGUCAACCGAAACUCUCUUGAUAGAAAUGGAACUCCAUUAAGAGACGACACUCCGCCAACGCAUAACAGCAAUUAUCCGCCGCCACCUGAUGUGUACUCGAGGCCGCCGGGUGAACUUCUGCCUCCUAUUGGCGUCAUGUCUCAUGGCGUACCUCCGAUGCAGGGACUUCCUCCAGUUUCCAUGCCACCUGGCGCGUUUGUAGCUGGUCAGCCACCACCGUUUCAUUCGACCGGUGCUCCUCCAAAUUUUCGCAUGCCACCACCUGGAUCUCAAAUUCCUCCUUACAUGCCACCUGGACCUUACCAAGUGCCAAACAGGCCAGUUUUCGACCCCAUGGGUGGGCCUCCACCUGGAAACUUUGGGCCCAGUUAUUCAGGAAGAAUGCGUGACUAUGGCAGAAGAAGUGGCAGAGAUAGAACACCUCCGGGGUUGAUUGACGAUCCGCUAGCUGCUUUUAAUCGAAUUCUUAGAGAAAAGGAUGAGAAGCGUGCUCGGCUGCAACGUAUGUCCAGGCGCACUUGGAGUCGAAGUCGUAGUCGCAGCAGGAGCUUCAGUCGCUCACCCCCACCUAUGCGAAGGCGUAGUAGAAGUCCUAAGAGGCGUAGGUCCCGCAGCAGAAGUCGCUCGUUCUCAAUCAGCAGGUCGCGUUCUCGCUCGUACUCGCCUAGUCCGAGAGGGUCACCGCUGCCGCCGUUGAGGCGAUCCCCCCCUCCCUUGCAAACGAGGAGGGGACCCCCAGGGCGGUUCCGCUCACCUCUCAGAUCGCCACCUCUCAGGCGACGCAUUGAUCGUAUCGAUUUCGAGCGCGACUAUGAACGAGGCAGUUUUCGAGAGAAACCAAGAAGUCGAAGAUCUAACAGCCGAGAUCGGUUCUACAACGACCGAGAAAGGGAAUACGAUCGAGUACCAAUUAGAAGUAGCAGAGGACUUCCUCCACCCUGUGCUGCACCUCCGCCUCAACAAUGGGGAGGACAACGCGAUGUGUAUUAUCCAGAACCUCCACCCUCCGGAUUUCAGACCAGGUUCCCGCAGCAGAUUCACCACAUUCAACCAGAGCGAAAAUACGAACUGAUUGCCCCACCGGGAGUUGAACAGCCACCAAUUCCAGGCCUCGAAUCUGAACUGCCCCCGCUUAACGAAUUUGAUAAGCCGCAAAAGAAAUUGUCGCCGCGCAAAGAAAGGCACAGCCCUAGAGAGCAUAGGGAUCGAAAUAAGUCCAUUCCUAGAGAACACGAGCGGGAAAAGGAUAGACGCGACAGGGAUCGCCGCAAGGAUGAGAAACGUUCUCGAUCCAGAUCCAAAACUCCAGAAAAGUGGAGAAAUCCUAGUCCCAAGUCCAGCGGUACACCUGAACGGCCAAGGAAACGACGAUCUUCGACCGAUUCCAAAGAUGACAAGCGAAAGGACAAAGACCGGCAUAGAGAUCACUCCGAGGAAGAUAAAAAGAAAAUAAAGGACAAGAAAAAACAUAAAGACAAGAAGGAUGACAAGAAAAAGAAAAAGGAUAAGAGAGACAAACACAAGUCUAAGGAUCGCAAAGAUAAGAAGGAGGAAUUUAAGCAAAUAGUUCCCAAAGCCGUGGAGGAAACGGAAGAAACUCGCAAAAAAAUCGAAGAAAAGAAGAAGCGGAAGGGAGAAGAGGAAUUAAAGAAACAGCAGGAAGAGCGCAAGAAAGAGGAACGGCGCCUAAGGUUCAUUGAAGAUGAAAAACGCAAGAAGGAAGAAGAAGCCAAAAAAGAGGCGUCCAAGCAAAAAGCGAUCGAAGAAGCUAGGCAGCUUCUUGAGAAUGAAGAGCGCCAGAAACUUGAAGUUAAAAUCGAGGAGAAGCAAGAACAAAAGAAAAUUGAUCUAUAUGAUGAAGUAAUUCCUACACAAGACCUGGCCAAAGAAAUUCGUAGUGAUUUUAAGUCGCCUGAACCUUCAGCUAACAUGCAUCAAGCCGCAGAGCCAGCCGAAAGUACAUUGGAGCUUUUCGAUUCUAUGAUACAAAAAGAUAUAGAGGAUGGCGAAGUAACGGAAGAGCAAGAAAAGUUUCAAGUUGCGGCGAAAGAUGGUGAGGAGGAAGACCCUGGUAUUCUCGAGUUGCAUUCUGACAUGGACAUUAAAUUAGACGAAUCGGACAUCCUUGCUCCGUUUCCGGAGAAAUCUAAAUGGGAAGUGGAUGAAGAUGGUCAAAUUCAAAACAGUCCUGGCGAACUGAGGGAUUUCUCAGACUCAAAAACUAAGGUUUCAAGUGAGGUGCUGAAACGUGCUGAAAACGUCAUAUUUGCGCGAGCCAUUAACUCAAUUCGGCCAAUAGAAAUUAAGAAAAUAACCGGAGAGAGGGCCAAGUUUUUCGCGGACGAAAAAGUGGUUGAGGAAGCAAAGAAAGUUGAGGCCCCUGUUGAGAAACCUCCAAGGAUUCCCAUUAAAGAUAGGCUGGGUAGAAAAGUAGAUGAACCAGAUUCAAAAAUAGUCGCUCAACGAAGAAGCUCAUCUCCAUAUGGUCGUCGGGAUAGACGGAUGGAAGUAGAUAAACGGCAUGAUAGGAAACGUACCCGAGGACACGAAACAAAUCGAGAAAGAGACAGGCAUAGAAGUCGAAGUGACAGAAGCAUCGACAAAAGCAAGAAAUCUAGAAAAGAUGAUAAAGACAAACAAGACGAGAAAAUCAGAGAAAGGCGUAAACGAACACGUUCACGCAGUCCCAGUGAAGAUCCAAAAAAGAAGAAAAAGGAAAAAGAAAAGGAGAAAAAGCCUAAGAAGGAAAAAUCUAAAAAGCAUGAUACUGAAAAGAAAGUAAAAGACGAACGCGGAGAAGAAAAACAUAAAUCCACAGUUGAUAAACGCAAGGUUACCUUAGAUGAGGCUAACUUUGAGCCUGAUUAUGACUUGGAAUUACACGAAGAUGAAUUGAGCGAGAAAGAUUCCAAGAAGGGGAAAGAAGCUCGAAAGACUGACAGAUCCGAUGGGGAAAGCAGCAGCUCUGAGUAUUCGAGCUCCAGUUCUGAAGAUGAACGGAGGCGCAAGAAGCGCAGAUCGCACAAAAAGAAAAAGAAGAGAGAUAGUAGUAGCAGUGAAUCCGAGUCCAGUAGCCAAUCGAGUGAUACAGACAAAGAUAGAAAGCGCAAAAAACACAGAAAAUCUAAAAAGAAGAAGAAGAAGGCCAAACACAAGUAAGAUGUUAUUGUGUAAAUGUCUAUUCUGAUUUGUAAAUUUUGUAACGAAUAUCUACAGUUAAUGUCAUUACCUAAAUGUUAUUAAGCGGACCGCAUAUAUUGUAAAAAAUUUAGCUUGACCCAAUCAAGGUCUUUAACUAGCGACCUGCAACUCUGUCACUAAUUUGUCCGUCAGACUAGAGUAACUACUCGCAUUUGACUCGCAAUCUAUUAAUUUAUUGUAAAUUUUGUGGGUUAGAAAAUUCGCCUGAUUCUUUAUCGUUUGAUUAGGUAAAUUUCUUACUCUCCGAUUUCGUUGUAUUUAUUUUCCUUAAAUAUGGUUUUCCAAUAAUUGCUACUGCAAGUCCGGUUGUCUAUUCAAUUUAUACUAUCAGGUGAAUAAUUGUAGCAGGUCUUGUAAUGUUGAUAAUGUAAUAAAAGGAUGUAAAAAGG